GCGAUUUGUCACAAAAUAAUUGUUUUUUGUUUACAUUUUGGGGUCAAAAGGAUUACGUGAAGAAGACUGACGAAGACAUCAGUCAUUUGAGACUCGAUUGCAGUGAUAGUGAUGUCAAGAGGCGGUCGAUCGGGUGCUAAGAAAAGAGGUGACAAUACUCUGACAUUUUCGUUGGAAUCGAUUGGUCUGACACGUGGUGAUGCCCUCCCGCCGCCGACACUCGUCCCUCCCCUCAACUACCCGUCCAUUGACGCCAAAGCACUUGCACUCCAUGACAACGAUGUGGACAACUAUUUGCUGACUUUGAAGCAGGAGUUGAGGCAAUCGUUGACGACAUCCAAGUACUACAUCAGUGCUCCCAAAGAGAGGCCACACAUCGAGAGGUAUUCCGAUAAAUACGAAAACAUCGCAAACGAGACGCCAAUCAAUGACAACGACAUCCAAAUCGAUAGCAGAAUAUUUGCCACAGAAUUGCUUCCGAAGAGACCGAAAAGCAAAACGAAGACACAGACGAAGAGCACUAAGGAUUUGGACCAAAGAUUAGACAAAUUAAUAGAAGACGAAAAGGAAGACAAAAGCGAUGACCAAAAGAGUGAAGACGAGGCGGACAACGCUUCCGACGCCGAGAAAGUGGAAGACGUGGAGGAUAUCGAAGAAGGAACUGAUUACACGUUUUCAUACUUCGACAACGGAGAGGACUACUUGGAUGAGUCCGAUGACAACAUGGAUGAGGGACCCACCUAUUGAUCACUUGUCCCACACUAUACCAUUUGUAUAAUACAUUUUCAAUGAAAUAUUUUAUACUAAAUGACACGAGUAUUGAUCGUUAUAGUAGUCAUCAAUUAAUUAAUCAAUUAUUAAUUGAAUUGUAAAAUAUAAACAUUUAAUAAAAUUGUGUAAAACAUAUA